UCGAUCAGACUUGGAAAUAGUGCGAGACAAAGUUUUGUUUACGAUUGAAGGUGCAAUUUUUACUAGGUCCGCCUCACGGGUUCCACUAGCGAGCUGCCCAUGAUUCAGUGCAUUUCGUGCCCACCAUAAUGCGCUCCUGGACGACACGAUGGCUAUCGAGGGCGCUACAUCAAAAUUGGCAAGCUGCGAGUACGAGUGCAGAGAACAAACCUCGCGCAUACUCGCGCUUCAUAUCCGUUGCCAGUGGCUUCCCAAAGAACUUGGCCCAAUCGAAGUACAAACCUGGUAAGAUGGGCGACGACGCGUGGUUCAUUGCGAAUACCAAAACGGCGGAUGUCUUGGGUGUCGCUGAUGGGGUCGGCGGAUGGCGCAGUUAUGGAAUAGAUCCAGGCGAGUUUGCGAUGGUGCUGAUGAGGAAUUGUGAGCGGCUGGUAAAAUUUGCACGCUUCGAUCCAGUCAAACCGGUGAAUCUGAUAGCAUCCGGAUAUCGGGAAUUACGGGCCAACAGAAAAAGCAUUCUGGGUAGUAGUACAGCGUGUAUAGUGGUGUUUAAUCGCGAAGAUAGUAGCAUUUACACGGCCAACAUCGGCGACAGCGGUUUCAUCAUAGUGCGAAAAGGGGAAAUAGUGCAUCGCAGCGAGGACCAGCAGCACUAUUUUAACACACCGUUUCAGCUAUCGUUACCACCGCCCGGCCAUACCGAUGUGCUGAGCGAUAGUCCUGAGUCUGCAAAUACGACCUCCUUCCCGGUGUGCAAUGGGGAUGUCAUCCUCGUCGCUACGGAUGGUGUGUUUGAUAACGUUCCGAUUAGGUUACUAGUCGAUACUCUACAUGGGGUUGAAGGUGAAAACGAUCAGGUUAAGCUGCAGAUGUGUGCAAAUUCGAUUGCCCUUAUGGCAAGGUCACUGUCUUUCGAUAGUAAGUUUCUGUCACCGUUUUCUCUAAACGCCAGGAGAAAUAAUAUCAAUGCAAUGGGGGGAAAACCAGAUGAUAUAACCGUAGUGCUAGCAACUGUGGCUCUGUAACUUCUUAGCGAUCUGGCACAGCAAUUGGCACUGUCCGCAAAGAGGAGCCGUCGGAUAUUAGAAAGUAGUGAAUGUGGCAUGAUAGGCAGACUAUGCAACUACCGCUUGCGUGCAACCACCACCUCCCUAUGGCUAACGAUUUAGCCUGCGCCAAGGAAUCGGAAUGCUGUAAGGAGGAACCCAGAAGGUGGGCCUGUUGUAUGGGUUAAUUUUUGUUUUAGCUUUUAAGUUUAUAAAUUCUUACUCUAGACUGGGAUUCCUAAACGAUCAAAUAAAUUUUUAAGCCAACCAUAUUCAAUUGGAUUAUCUUGA